AUGAGGUGUUUCUUUAGCUGUGUAAACCCAUUGAAGGCUCAGUUUCCAAAGAAGAACAAUGCAUGCAUAUCCCCACCUCUUCUCUCUCUACUGAAUAACUUCGAGACAAGUUUGAGGCUAUCGAUUACAAAACUUAUACUAAAGGAUGAUGAUAAGAAUGCUUUUCUCACUGUUUCUUGGAUGAUUCAAGCAAUGCGCUUUCUUUGUGAGACACACCAGAGUAUCAAGACACUGGUGACCGAUCUAAACCUUCUUGUAUCCCACACGGAAGAAAGUUUGAUGUAUGCGUACUCCGACAUUAGCUCGAAGCUGCUUCAACUCUGCGACGCCUUCAUCUUAGAGCUGGACCGUAUCAACCACGUAAACUUGUUACUCAAGCUUGUUUUUAGUAAUGCUGAGGAGUUUUCUCUAUCGCAGUUCAACUGUUGGAGGCAGCUCAUGGCUUCCAAGAACCCUAGUAUCGAAAACUGCGGUGAGGUUUUGAGUAGUCUUGUUGAAUCCAUGAAUCGUUAUCAUCGUCUCUACAAGAAGAAACAAUCUGCAAAAGUAAAAGUCUUCAUGCGAGCUCUAUAUGGUGUAAUGGUCAAGACCUUAUACAUAUUCAGCGUGUUUGCUGCAGCGUUCUCUGGUUCUUCCAAGAAUAUAUUGUAUCUAACCAUUCCAAAGGAGAUGGAGGAGCUUCCAUGGGAACAAGCAUUCAUGGAACUUCAGAACAUGAUCAACCGGGAGAUCAAGAACACGUUGUCUUCAGAUAAAUUCACGGGUAUAAAAGAUAUUCAGGCUGUUGAAUCUGGUGCGGAGAAGCUUUACGCAGAGGUUCAAAAAAAGCUAGCUCCUAAUAUGUUGAUGGCGGAGUUACUGAAGCGAUCAGUGAUUGAAAUUUCAGAAAGGUUUGAUAUUGUCUCCAACGAAACGCGUUGUUUGCGGGAGACGGUGGUCUCUGCUCGAGACGCAGUGUUCAAGAGGGUUUGCCGAUGA